AAUGUCUCCUGUUCUCACCCAGGUCUUCGCUGGGCUGUUUGCCCUUGCGUCGACCGGAUUUGCUUCUGCAGCCGGUGACUUGAUCCAACGCGCUCCGUCUCGGGCUUCGACGACCUUGAAACAUGUCGACCACAUCACAGCUCGCCAUGUCACCUUUCCCAGGCGUUCGCUCGAGGCAAGGAGUACGGAGCUCCCGAGCGCAGAAUUCGUCGCAUCGUUCACAGGGAAGGUCUCGAAGACUCAGCAUAAGAAGGAUAUUCUGCGUUCGUUACGCUCGGCUGCAGGGAUCAACAGUACUGCUGUGAUUGACGGCAGCGACUUGGACGAGGAAUACAUCACUGAGAUCACCGUCGGAGGACAAACUUUCUAUGCUAUUGUGGAUACUGGCAGCGCGGAUACUUGGCUCGUUGAGAGUGGCUUCCUUUGCGUCGAUUCGGCGUCGAAUGCUGUUACUGAGGAGGAAUGCAAUUUUGGUCCUACCUUCGACACCAAUGCGUCUUCGACGUUCGUUGACUUCCCGGAUCAUAACUUCAAUAUCUCGUACGGUGAUGGGGAGUUCCUGAAUGGGCCCGUCGGCUACGAUACAGUGGCUAUUGGAGGCUUGUCCGUCACAAACCAAACUCUUCCUCUUGUGAACUACUCCUACUGGAAUGGCGACGGUUUCAGCAGCGGCUUGAUUGGCCUCGCUCACCCCGAUUUGACGAGUGUGUACGACGGAGACGAUCCCUCUGUUGACGAAUGGUUCGGAAACAGUCUUUUCUACAAUCCCUUCUUUUAUACUGCUGUGAGCGAGGGUGCCGUCUCUGAGCCAUAUUUCUCUAUCGCGCUCAACCGAGGAAACUUUUCGGCAGAGGAAAACUCUACUUUCGACCCGAACCUUGGUUAUCUCGCAUUCGGAGGAAUUGCUCCUGUGGCCGUGACCAACACUUCGACAACUGUUCCAAUCCAGGGAUACUCGAUCUCGACGUUCACCCCAAGCAAUGACACAAAUAGCACGGACUUCACCUACUUCUACUACACCAUCGACGUACAAUCCUUUGUCUUCAAUGGCUCUGAUACUCUCGGCGAUAUAUCCACGGAUAACAUCAUUCUCGAUACCGGCACUACGCUCAACUACUUCCCAACUAAUGUUGCCGAUCUUUACGCCUCUAAGUUCGUCCCAGCAGGUGUUUGGAAUGAUGACGUUGGAGGCUACGUCGUCGACUGCGACGCUGAAAUUCCGGAAAUGUCCGUUGUAAUCAAUGGCACCACCUUCACUAUCGACACAGCUGACCAGAUUCUGCCUCUUGGGACCGAUGACUCUGGGGCGGAGGUGUGCAUCGUUGCCACGACUGACGGUGGCGCGAACGAGCCGGACAACACCUUCAUUCUGGGCGACGUGUUCUUGCACAACGUCGUGUCGACGUUUGACAUUGGCGCCUUCGAAAUCACCCUCACUCAGCGCGAGGCCUACUAGAUGCAUCCUCACGGACUGUAGCUAUCUAUUGAUGUCGCUGGUUUAUCAUUAUCGAAAGUGUCGUGUAAGAGAUACUUUUCAAAUGAUC